UUUGUUAAAGAAAGAUAAAACCCAAUUUGCUUUGGUGAAGGCCUAAUUGAAAGCAAGAAAGAUUGACACUUUGAAGGGAUAUUGAUUGGGGUUUUGGGCCUAAGGGUUUUAGGUCCAUGGCUGAUCUUGAAAAAGCGAUACUUAUCGUUUUUGAUCAAUCGGGCACGGUUCAUUCUGAGCUGAAACAGAAAGCUACGGAAUAUUGUGAAAAGAUUAAGAAUGAACAAGCAAUUUGUAGCAUUUGCAUUGAAAGGAUAUGCUUUUCGAAUUUAUAUCAAGUCCAGUUUUGGUGUUUACAGACCCUGCACGAGGUUGUUAAGGUCCGGUACUCGUCAAUGAGUCCAGAUGAGAGGUAUUUGAUCCGAAAAUCGGUGUUUUCAAUUGCAUGUUUUGGUGCUAUUGAUGAUAACAAUGUUGUUAGGGUUUUAGAAGGUCCUGCAUUUAUAAAGAACAAACUUGCCCAGGUUCUGGUGACUUUGAUUUAUUUUGAGUACCCGUCAAUUUGGUCAUCUGUAUUUGUGGAUUUCUUGUCACAAUUGAGUAAAGGGGCAAUGGUUAUUGAUAUGUUCUGUCGGGUUUUGAAUGCUUUGGAUGAUGAAGUGAUCAAUGUGGACUACCCUCGGACACCUGAAGAACUAUCAGUGGCAACCCGGAUUAAGGAUACAAUGAGGCAGCAGUGUGUACCUCAAAUAGUUAGAGCUUGGUAUGAUAUUGUUUCUAUGUAUAGGAACUCUGAUGAAGAGCUGUGUACUACUGUAUUAGAUGCAAUGAGGAGGUUUAUUGCUUGGAUUGAUAUUGGUUUAAUCGUAAAUGAUGCAUUCAUCCCAUUAUUGUUUGAUUUAGUUUUGGUUGAUGGGCUAUGUGAACAACUCCGAGGUGCUGCAACUGGGUGUUUGACUGCAGUGGCAUCUAAAAGGAUGGAACCUCAAUCAAAACUAUCACUGUUGCAGAGUCUUCAAAUCCGUCGAGUGUUUGGGCUGGUAGCGAAGGAUAGUGACUCAGAUUUGGUUUCCAAAGUAGGUGCAUUGCUUACUGGGUAUGCGGUUGAGGCUCUUGAAUGCUUUAAAAACUUGAAUUCUGAAGAUGCGAAGGGUGUUUCAAUGGAGCUGUUGAAUGAAGUUCUGCCCUCUGUAUUCUAUGUGAUGCAGCACUGUGAGUUGGAAUCAACAUUUAGUAUUGUGCAAUUUCUUUUAGGUUAUGUUGCCACCAUGAAGACUCUUUCUCAAUUGAGGGAAACACAGCUGCAUCAUUUGGGCCAGAUUUUGGAAGUAAUUCGUACAGAGAUCCGUUAUGAUCCUAUAUACCGUGAUAAUCUUGAUACGCUGGAUAAGAUUGGGAAAGAAGAAGAAGAUAGGAUGGUGGAGUUCCGAAAGGAUUUGUUUGUGCUGUUGCGUAAUGUAGGUCGGGUAGCUCCUGAUGUUUGUCAGAUAUUCAUUAGAAACUCAUUGGCUGCUUCUGUUGCAUCCUCAUCAGACUGGAAUGUUGAAGAGGUGGAAGCUGCACUUUCUCUAUUCUAUGCAUUUGGUGAGUCAAUGAAUGGUGAGGCAAUGAAAACUGGCAGUGGCCUCUUAGGUGAACUGGUACCAAUGCUUUUAUCGACAAGGUUCCCUUGCCAUUCAAAUAGGCUAGUUGCUCUUGUGUAUCUAGAAACAGUUACAAGAUAUAUGAAGUUUGUACAAGAGAAUUCCCAAUACAUUCAUAUGGUUUUGGCUGCCUUUCUCGAUGAAAGAGGUAUACACCAUCCAAAUGUCAACGUGAGUCGAAGAGCAAGUUAUCUGUUUAUGAAGGCUGUGAGAUUGCUGAAAUUGAAGCUUGUGCCUUUUAUAGAGAAUAUUUUGCAGAGUCUGCAAGACAGAGUCGCUGGAUUUACAAGUAUGGAUUAUACAUCAAAAGAUCUUUCUGCAUCUGAAGAUGGUAGUCACAUUUUUGAGGCAAUUGGUGUUUUAAUUGGUAUGGAAGAUGUAGCACCAGCAAAACAGUCUGAUUAUCUCUCUUCACUUCUGACACCUCUUUGUCAACAGGUUGAGGCGUUGCUUAUGAAUGCCAAAGUAUUGACUCCUGAAGAGGCGCCUCAAAAAAUUGCUAAUAUUCAGCAGAUAAUUGUGGCAAUAAAUUCUCUCAGCAAGGGCUUCAGCGAGCGUCUUGUAACUACUAGUCGCCCUGCAAUAGGUCUCAUGUUCAAGCAGACAUUGGAUGUUCUCCUGCAAGUACUCGUUGUGUUUCCUAAUAUAGAGCCUUUGCGAAGUAAGGUGACUUCAUUUAUACACCGCAUGGUCGAGACUUUAGGAGCAUCUGUUUUCCCAUACCUCCCAAAGGCACUAGAGCAAUUGCUUGUGGACAGCCAGCCGAAGGAGUUAGUUGGUCUGCUUGUAUUGCUCAAUCAACUGAUAUGCAAGUUCAACACAUUGUUUAGUGAUAUAUUGGAUGAAGUAUUUCCUGCUAUUGCUGGUAGGAUAUUGAACAUCAUUCCAAUUGAUGCAUUCCCUUCAGGACCUGGAACCAAUACUGAGGAAAAUCGGGAACUGCAAGAAGUUCAGCGAACAUUAUAUACAUUUCUUCAUGUGAUAACUACACAUGAUCUAUCAUCUGUUUUCCUAUCCCCCAAAAGUAGGAGCUACUUGCAGCCAAUUAUGCAGUUGCUUCUGUUCACCUCUUGUAAACACAAGGACAUUCUUGUAAGAAAGGUAUGUGUACAGAUAUUCAUUAGGUUAAUCAAAGAUUGGUGUGCAAUGCCUAAUGGUGAAGAAAAGGUACCGGGUUUCCAGAGUUUUAUAAUAGAGACCUUUGCUACAAACUGUUGCUUGUACAGCCUGCUUGAUAACUCCUUCGAGUUUCGUGACGCAAAUACUCUUGUUUUGUUUGGAGAAAUUGUACUGGCUCAGAAGGUCAUGUAUGAAAAAUUUGGCAAUGAUUUCUUAGUUCAUUUUGUCUCGAAAGGCUUUCCAGCAGCACAUUGCUCCCAAGAUCUGGCUGAGAAAUAUUGCCAGCAGUUGCAGGGAAGUGAUAUUAAGGCAUUGAAAUCAUUCUACCAGUCACUCAUUGAAAACUUAAGGCUUCAGCAGAACGGGAACCUUCCUGUAAGAUAGCAUAAUGACAGUAGACAAAUGAUGUUAUCUCAUGUCAGAAUGUUCCCUGUUUUUCUCUUGUGGAGUUCUGGCAAUGCAUUUUUGUUCAAUGAAGGUAAUUAUGGCUGCUGUGUAUCUAUGUUGAUUUGUUGCAAGAAUUGGAAAUUUGGAAGUAAAUAUCUGUACUUAUUCUAGUGAUGUUGAUGUUACAGGUUCUUUCUGUAUAUAACUUUUGUGCGGCUAUGUUUGUGGACAAGGUACAUAUAUAUAAACUUUCGCAAAUUUAGUUGUCUGACUAAUAUGUGAAGUUGCUCAUUUAGCUCUUUUUCCUAUCUUUUCUGCACAGUUGUAAAUUUAAGGAGGAAAUUCUGCUAGUUAUAAAAUCGGUUACAUCACUUACAUCCAUCAAUUGGUGCAGCUAGUCUGAGAUCAAGGUUGUUGCUUUUUUUUCAUAGUGAUUAUUGUUCCCUACCUGAUGUAAACAUCAGCCUUUUGUAUUCUUUUUAGAUAUUUACAGUUUUGCAAUGUUCCAAUCUCCGAGUCAUCUGAGUUUUCUGUUUCUUUACUUGUGCUUCACUGUUUGAAGCUCUAGUAAUAUUGCAUAAUUAUAUAUAUUUUUUGUAACAUUGUUUGUAUAAUCUUAAACAAAGGCAAUAAUUAAGAAAUGAAGAAAAAAAGAAAAAGAAAAAAGAAAAAAGAGGAUCCCCUCUCUAGUGCUUUUAUCUU